AUGGCGCAAGGUUUAACAUCUAUUCUGGAGGAGUGGAAAUGUCUGGAACAAGAGUAUCAACAACUUCAGGAGACACACAGAAUAUACUUAGAGAAACUGAGUGAAAUUUCCAAACUGCAAAACAACUGCUCUUCCUCCAUUUCCAGACAGCGCAAAAGACUAAAGGAGCUGUCCCACUUAGUCAAAAAAUGCAGCACAGGACCAUCAGAGGAAGAUGUUAAGACCUUGGAUGAAAUCAAAGAGAAAAUAAAGAUGCGACCAAAUUCUUUCUUUGAAAUGGAAGCUUUCCUUCCCAAGAAAAAUGGAUUGUACCUCAGUCUGGUUCUUGGAAAUGUGAAUGUGACUCUCUUCAGCAAGCAGUCAAAAUUUGCCUACAAAGAUGAAUAUGAGAAGUUCAAGCUGUACCUCACAGUCCUCUUGCUGCUGCUCUCUUUCAUGUGCUAUUCCUUUGUGACCUACAGAUUUAUUGAUGCAAUCGUCAAUUUCCUGCUGGUGUGGUACUAUUGUACAUUAACUAUCAGGGAAAGUAUCCUCAUCACCAACGGCUCCAGGAUCAAAGGCUGGUGGGUUUUUCAUCACUACGUCUCAGCUUUUUUGUCAGGUGUAAUGCUGACAUGGCCAGAUGGGAACCUGUACAAGAUUUUCAGGAGCCAGUUCCUUGCCUACUCCUUCUAUCAGAGUUUUGUUCAGUGUCUGCAGUGCUACUAUCAGAGCGGAUGUCUGUACAGACUACGAGCUCUGGGAGAAAGACACAACAUGGAUCUGACCGUGGAGGGAUUUCAGUCAUGGAUGUGGAAAGGGCUGACGUUUCUUUUGCCCUUCCUCUUUUUUGGUCAUUUCUGGCAGCUCUUCAACAGCUUGACUCUCUUCAGAAUGUCUCAGCGUCCAGACUGUAAAGAAUGGCAGGUCUUGAUGUGUGGUCUCUGCUUCCUCAUUCUGUUCAUGGGGAACUUCUUCACCACUGUUGCUGUGGUCCGUCAGAAGCUCAAGAGCAGGAAUCAGAAAUCUAAGAGUCUGUGA